AUGACCCUGGCAGCGGACGGGGCUGCGGGCCACGCGUGCCCGCCGCCCCUCACGCUGUGCCCAUCCCAGCUCCUUCGAGUCCUGUGGCUGCUUUGCCUGCUGCCCGGCCCCGCCUGGGUCCAGGGCGCCGAGCAGCGCCAAGUGUUUCAGGUUCUGGAAGAACAACCGCCCGGCACCCUGGUGGGCGCCAUUCAGACGCGCCCCGGCUUCACCUACCGGCUCAGCGAAAGCCACGCCUUAUUCGCCAUCAACAGCAGCACCGGAGUCCUGUACACCACGGCCACCAUCGACCGCGAGAGUCUGCCUAGCGACGUGAUCAACUUGGUGGUGCUGUCCAGUUCACCUACUUAUCCGACCGAAGUGCGCGUGCUGGUGCGCGAUCUCAACGACAACGCGCCCGUCUUCCCGGACCCCUCCAUCGUGGUCACGUUCAAGGAGGACAGCGGCAGCGGGCGGCAGGUCAUCCUGGACACCGCCACCGACGCGGACAUCGGCUCCAACGGCGUGGACCACCGCUCCUACCGCAUCGUGCAGGGCAACGCGGCGGGGCGCUUCCGCCUGGACGUCACCCUGAACCCCAGCGGCGAGGGCGCCUUCCUGCACCUCGUCUCCAAGGGCGGGCUGGACCGCGAGGCCACCCCGCAGUACCAGCUCCUGGUGGAGGUGGAGGACAAAGGCGAGCCGAAGCGGCGGGGGUACCUGCAGGUGAACGUGACAGUGCAGGACAUCAACGACAACCCCCCGGUGUUCGACAGUACCCAGUACCAGGCGGGGGUGCCCGAGGACGCGGCCGUGGGUUCCAGCGUCCUGCAGGUGGCGGCGGCGGACGCGGAUGAGGGAACCAACGCGGACAUCAGGUACCGGCUGCAGGACGAGGGCACCCCUUUCCAGAUGGACCCCGAGACCGGGCUCAUCACGGUGCGUGAACCGCUGGAUUUCGAGGCCCGGCGCCAGUACGCGCUGACCGUCCAGGCGAUGGAUCGGGGUGUGCCCUCGCUGACCGGGCGCGCCGAGGCGCUCAUUCGGCUGCUGGACGUCAACGACAACGACCCGGUGGUGAAGUUCCGGUACUUCCCGGCCACAUCCCGCUACGCCUCCGUGGACGAGAAUGCCCAGGUGGGUACCGUGGUGGCUUUGCUCACCGUCACCGACGCCGACUCCCCGGCGGCCAAUGGCAACAUCUCUGUGCAGAUCCUCGGAGGCAACGAGCAGCGCCACUUUGAGGUGCAGAGGAGCAAAGUGCCCAACCUGAGCCUCAUCAAAGUGGCCAGUGCCCUGGACCGCGAGCGCAUCCCCUCCUACAACCUCACGGUCUCCGUGUCUGACAACUUUGGGGUGCCCCCCACCGCAGAGACCCGGGCGCGCUCGUCUGUGGCCAGCUUGGUGAUCUUUGUCAAUGACAUCAACGACCACCCGCCAGUCUUUGCCCAGCAGGUGUACCGGGUGAACCUGAGUGAGGAGGCGCCCCCUGGGAGCUACGUGAGUGGGGUGUCUGCCACGGACGGGGACUCAGGGCUCAAUGCCAACCUGCGAUACAGCAUCGUCUCUGGCAAUGAACUGGGGUGGUUCCGGAUAAGUGAGCACAGUGGCCUGGUGACCACUGCAGCCUCUGGGGGCCUGGACCGUGAACUCGAGUCCCAGAUUGUACUGAACAUCAGUGCUCGCGACCAGGGAGUCCACCCCAGAGUGUCCUACGCUCAGCUAGUCGUUACUCUUUUGGAUGUGAACGACCAGAAGCCAGUGUUUAGCCAGCCACAAGGGUACCAGGUGUCUGUGGUAGAGAAUACCCCAACUGGGACAGAAUUGCUCGUGGUUGGUGCAGAGGAUGGGGAUUUGGGUGACAAUGGGACAGUCCGCUUCUCCCUACAGGAACCAGAAGGUGCCCACAGGGCCUUCCGGCUGGACCCUUUGUCGGGGAGGUUGAGCACAGUUUCCUUUCUGGACAGGGAGGAGCAAGCCUCCUAUUCUCUGUGGGUUAUGGCCACAGAUCUGGGCUCCCCUCCCCAGACAUCCGUGGCCCGCAUCAACGUGAGUCUGGUGGAUCUGAAUGAUAACACUCCAGUGUUCUAUCCUGUCCAAUAUUUUGCUCAUAUCCAAGAGAAUGAACCAGGAGGGAGCUAUGUGACCACUGUCUCUGCCUCUGACCCUGACCUGGGGCCCAAUGGAACUGUCAGGUAUACCAUUUCAGCAGGGGACAGGUCCAGGUUUCAGAUCAAUGCUCAGAGUGGGGUGAUUUCUACUCGGAUGGCCCUAGAUAGAGAAGAGAAAACAGCCUACCAAUUGCAAGUAGUGGCUACUGAUGGUGGCAAUUUACAAUCACCCAACCAGGCCAUUGUCACCAUCACGGUUUUGGACACACAAGAUAACCCGCCUGUGUUCAGCCAGGCGGCCUAUAGCUUUGUGGUGUUUGAGAACGUGGCUUUGGGCUAUCAGGUGGGCAGAGUGUCAGCGACAAGCAUGGAUCUCAACACGAACAUCACUUAUGUCAUUACCACUGGGGACCAGAAAGGCAUGUUUGCCAUUCACCAGGCCACAGGACAGCUGACCACAGCCAGUGUGAUCGACAGAGAAGACCAGGCAUUUUAUCAGCUCAAAGUAGUAGCUAGUGGUGGUGCAGUGACUGGAGACACAGAGGUGAACAUAACAGUGAAGGAUCUGAAUGACAACGCUCCUCAUUUCCUCCAGGCCGUGGAGAGUGUCAAUGUGGUAGAGAACUGGCAGGCUGGCCACACUGUUUUCCAAGCUAAAGCAGAGGAUCCCGAUGAAGGUGUCAAUGGCCUAGUGGUCUAUAGUCUGAAACAAAACCCCAUGAAUCUGUUUGCCAUCGAUGAAAGGAAUGGUACUGUUAGUCUUCUGGGUUCCUUGGAUGCACACGCUGGUUCUUACCAAAUGGAAAUCUUGGCGUGUGACACCGGGGUGCCCCAGCUUUCCUCUAGCCUCAUUGUAACCGUGUAUGUCCAUGAUGUCAAUGACAACCCACCUGUGUUUGACCAGAUUUCUUAUGAGGUCACUCUUUCUGAGUCUGAACCUGUGAAUUCUCGGUUCUUCCAAGUUCAGGCUUCUGAUCAGGACUCUGGGGCCAAUGGAGAAAUUGCAUAUGACAUUGUGGAAGGCAACACCGCGGGUGUGUUUGGCAUCUUCCCAGAUGGUCAGCUGUAUAUAAAAAGUGAACUUGACCGUGAGCUUCAAGACAGAUAUAUUCUGAUGGUUGUUGCUUCUGACAGAGCCAUUGAACCACUCAGUGCUACUGUGAACGUGACUGUGAUUCUAGAAGAUGUUAAUGAUAACAGACCUCUUUUCAACAGCACUAAUUACAUGUUUUACUUUGAAGAGGAGCAGGCAGCUGGGUCAUUUGUGGGCAAAGUAAGUGCUGCCGAUAAAGAUUUGGGGCCUAAUGGAGAAGUAAGGUAUUCCUUUGAGAUGUCACAGCCAGACUUUGAGUUACAUGCCAUCACCGGGGAAAUCACAAGCACUCGUCAAUUCGACAGGGAGUCUUUUGUGAGACAGAGGGGAAACGCCAUGUUCAGCUUCACAGUCAUCGCCAUGGACCAGGGGCUCCCUCAUGUGCUCAAGGACCAGGCAAGUGUCCAUGUGUACAUGAAAGAUAUAAAUGAUAAUGCUCCUAAAUUUUUAAAAGACUUUUACCAAGCUACCAUAUCAGAGACAGCAGCUAACCUGACCCAGGUUUUAAGGGUAUCGGCUUCAGAUGUCGAUGAAGGCAAUAAUGGACUGAUUCAUUAUUAUCUCAUCAAAGGAAAUGAAGAAAGGCAUUUUGCUGUGGACAGCAUAUCAGGUCAGGUGACGCUUAUCGGCACCCUGGAUUAUGAAACCACACCCGCCUAUUCCCUAGUGAUCCAGGCAGUGGAUUCAGGAGCAAUCUCCCUCAAUUCAACCUGUACACUAACCAUCGAGAUUUUAGAUGAAAAUGACAAUAAUCCUUCCUUCCCCAAGGCCACGCUAAUGGUGGACGUUUUGGAGAACAUGAGGGUUGGUGAGCUGGUGUCGUCGGUGACGGCCACGGACUCGGAUUCGGGGGACAAUGCCGAUUUGCAUUACAGCAUCACCGGGACCAACAACCACGGGACCUUCAGCAUCAGCCCCAACACUGGCAGCAUUUUCCUCGCCAAGAAACUGGACUUCGAAACCCAGUCUCUGUACAAACUAAACAUCACUGCCAAAGACCACGGCAGGCCCCCUCGCUCAUCCACCAUGUCAGUGGUGAUCCAGGUGAGAGACUCCAACGACAACGCACCCAGCUUUCCACCCGGGGACAUCUUCAAGUCCAUCGAGGAGAACAUUCCCGUCGGCUCGCCGGUCCUCUCCGUGACGGCGCACGACCCCGACGCCGACAUCAACGGCCGGCUGGCCUACGCCAUUGUGCAACAGCGGCCCCGCGGGGGCCAUUUCUGCAUAGACGAGGCCCAGGGGGUCAUCUACACAAGCGCCGAGAUUGACCGCGAGUUCGCCAACCUCUUUGAGCUGACCGUGAGGGCCAGCGACCAGGCCAUGCCCGUGGAGACCAGGCGCUGCGCCUUGAAGAAUGUCACCAUCCUGGUCACGGACCUCAACGACAACGUCCCCACGUUCAUCUCGCAGAAUGCCCUGGCGGUGGACCCGGCCACCGUGGCCGGCUCGGUGCUGACCACCCUCCUGGCCGCUGACCCCGACGAAGGAGUCAACGGAGAGGUGGAGUAUGAGAUCGUCAACGGGGACGCGGGCGCCUUCAGCGUGGACCGCUUCAGCGGGGACCUGCGCGUGGCGGCCGCCCUGGUGCCCUCGCGGCUCGUCUACAACCUCAUCGUGGCGGCCACAGAUCUUGGCCCUGAGCGCAGGCGAUCAACUACGGAACUGACCGUCCUUCUGCAGGGCCUGGACGGACCUGCAUUCACGCAGCCCAAAUACAUCACCAUUCUGAAGGAAGGGGAGCCCAUCGGCACCAACGUCAUCUCAGUGGAGGCGGCCAGCCCCCGGGGCGCCGAGGCCCCCGUGGAGUACUACAUCGUGUCUGUGCGCUGCGAGGAGAAGACAGUGGGUCGCCUGUUCACCAUCGGGCGACACACGGGCGUUCUGCAGACGGCCGCAGUCCUGGACCGGGAGCAGGGCGCCUGUCUUUACCUGGUGGACGUUUACGCCAUAGAGAAAUCGUCGGCUUUCCCCAGGACGCAGAGAGCAGAGGUGGAAAUCACGCUGCAGGACAUCAAUGACAAUCCGCCGGUGUUCCCCGCAGACACGCUGGACCUGACGGUGGAGGAGAACGUGGGCGACGGCGCCAGGAUCCUGCAGCUCAGCGCCAUGGAUGCCGAUGAGGGUGCCAAUGCUGUGGUCACAUAUGCUAUUAUUAGUGGAGCUGAUGAUAGCUUCCGACUCGACCCUGAAUCUGGAGACCUCAUAGCCACCAAGAGGCUGGACAGGGAGCGCCGUUCCAAGUACUCCCUGCUGGUGCGAGCUGAUGAUGGGCUGCAGUCCUCAGACAUGAGGAUCAAUAUCACCAUCAGCGACGUGAAUGACCACACGCCCAAGUUCUCCCGGCCUGUGUAUUCUUUUGACAUCCCAGAAGACACUAGUCCUGGUUCCUUGGUAGCAGCUAUUUUAGCUACUGAUGAUGACUCCGGUGUGAAUGGAGAAAUUACAUACAUUGUGAAUGAAGAUGAUGAAGAUGGCAUAUUUUUUCUGAACCCUGUUACUGGAGUCUUCAAUUUGACCAGAGUAUUAGAUUAUGAAGCACAGCAAUAUUACAUCCUCAGUGUUCGUGCGGAAGAUGGUGGGGGACAAUUUGCUACUGUCAGAGUUUACUUCAACAUACUUGAUGUCAAUGAUAACCCACCCGUCUUUAGCCUCAGUUCAUACAGCACCUCCUUGAUGGAGAAUCUGCCUCCAGGCUCUACUGUCCUGGUGUUUAACGUUACCGAUGCAGAUGAUGGUAUCAACUCUCAAUUGGCUUAUAGCAUUGCUUCGGGCGAUAGCCUUGGGCAGUUCACAGUGGACAAGGACGGGGCGUUGAAAGUCCUGAAAGCCUUGGACAGAGAAAGUCAGUCUUUCUACAACUUGGUGGUGCAGGCGCAUGACCUGCCCACACCCCCGGCCCCCAGGUUCACCAGCACUGCACACGUCUCCAUCAUUCUGCUGGACGUGAACGACAACCCGCCGGCGUUCCUCUCGCCGAAGCUGGCGUACGUCCCGGAGAACACCCCCCUGGACACCGUGGUGUUCACAGCGCAGGCCGCAGACCCGGACAGCGGCCCCAACAGUUACAUCGAGUAUGCGCUGCUGAAUCCCGCGGGAAGGCCAUUCAGCAUCGGGACCAUCGACGGCCAGGUGCGGCUGGCUGCGGAGCUGGACCGAGAGGCCGCCUCGAACUACACGCUGACCGUGGUGGCCACAGACAAAGGGCAGCCGCCGCGGUCCGCAUCCACUGAGGUGGCGGUCACCGUGCUGGACGUGAACGACAACAGCCCAGCGUUCGUGCACGCGGCGCACGCGGUGGAGAUCAGCGAGGACACGCUCACGGGCACCGACAUCCUGCAGCUCUUUGCCUCCGACGCCGACGAGGGCCCCAACGGGCAGGUGCGCUACAGCAUCGUGGAUGGGAAUGCCCACCAGGACUUCCGCAUCGACUCGGUCACCGGUGCCAUCACAGUGGCCAGGCCCCUGGACAGAGAGCGGAUCCCCGUGUACCUCCUGACCGUCCAGGCCACGGAUCGGGGCAGCACCCCCCGAUCUGACACCUCCACCGUCAGGGUGGUGUUACUGGACGUUAAUGACUUCAUUCCCACAUUCGAGCUGUCUCCUUACUCCGUCCAUGUCCCCGAAAAUCUGGGGACACUUCCCAGAACCAUUCUUCAGGUGGUGGCAACAGAUCAUGACCAGGGACAAAACAGCAAACUCUCCUAUGUUCUGUGUGGCGGUAACGAAGAGCAGGCCUUCACACUUUCAGCCAGUGGAGAACUAAGAGUGAUCCAGAGCUUGGAUAGGGAGACAAAGGAACAUUUUGUUUUGUUAAUUUCAGCUACAGAUUCAGGAUCCCCUGCCCUGACUGGAACUGGAACAAUCAAUGUCAUCAUAGAUGACAUCAAUGACAAUGUCCCCACUUUUGCCAGCAAAAUGUAUUUCACAGAGAUUUCUGAAGAUGCACCCACUGGAACCGAUGUGUUAUUGGUAAAUGCUUCAGAUGCAGAUGCAUCAACAAAUGCAGUCAUAAGUGACAAUAUUCACCCAGCAGUGAUGCUAAGAACAUCCACUGGAGAUGACUUACCCAAACGAAUUCAGCACAAGAUUCUUAGGGUGGUGACUACUCUCAAUCUGUAUAUAUUAUUUGAAGCAGCAAUGUCUUACUGUUCAGCAAAUUUAGAUGCACUGCAUUAUUCCCUCUCAGGUGGACACUCUGAGAAGUUCCACAUUGACCCCCUGCGCGGUGCCAUCACCACAGCUGGGCCGCUGAGUGGGGUCUCUGAGAUGACCUUCUCUGUGCACGUGAGAGAUGGCGGCUCGCUCCCGAGGGCUGACUCCACCACGGUGACCAUCAGGUUUGCCAACAAAGCAGAUUUCCCCAAAGUUCGAGCCAAAGAACAGGCACUGGUGUUUCCCGAGAACCAGCCGGUGGGCACCCUGGCCACCACGGUCACCGGGUCCUCCCCGCGGGGUGACGCACUGUCCUACUACAUCGCCAGUGGAAACCUGGGCGGCGCCUUCCAGAUCGACCCGCUGACCGGCCGGGUGUCCAUCUGGCGGCCCCUAGACUUCGAGCGGACACAGAGGUAUGUGGUGUGGAUAGAGGCUCGAGACGCGGGCUUCCCGCCCUUCUCUUCUUAUGAGAAACUGGACAUUACGGUCUUGGAUGUUAACGACAACGCCCCCAUCUUUCGAGAAGACCCCUUUGCAGCGGCUGUCCUCGAAAACCUUUCUCCUCGGACAGUACUCACCGUCUCUGCGGUGGACAGGGACAGCGGGCCAAACAGCCAGUUAGGAUAUGAGAUCGUGGAUGGGAACGCGGAAAACAGCUUCAGUAUCCACCACGCCACUGGGGAGAUCAGAAGCACCCGACCCCUAGACCGAGAAAAAACCCCCCGUUACGUUCUCACCGUGAGAUCCUCCGACAAGGGCUCUCCUUCCCGGAGCACCUCGGUGAGAGUCGUCAUCACCGUGCUGGAUGAAAACGACAAUGCCCCCAAGUUUUCCCAGAUCUUCACAGCCCACGUUUCGGAAAACUCGCCUCUGGGAUUCACUGUGACUCGGGUCACGACGUCCGACGAGGACAUCGGAGUCAAUGCGGUCAGCAGGUACUCCCUCACGGACCAGAGCCUCCCAUUCUCCAUCAACCCCAGCACCGGCGACAUCGUGGUCAGCAGGCCUCUAGACAGGGAGGACACGGACCGCUACCGAAUUCGCGUCUCAGCGCACGAUUCCGGGUGGACCGUGAGCACGGACGUGGCCAUCUUCGUGACGGAUGUGAACGACAAUGCCCCGCGCUUCGGCAGGCCCUCCUACUACCUGGACUGCCCCGAACUGAUGGACGUGGGUGCCGGCGUGGCGCGCGUCUCGGCUGCCGAUCCUGACGAAGGGGCCAAUGGACAAGUGGUUUACUUCAUUAAGUCUCAGUCUGAGUACUUCAGGAUUAACGCCACUACCGGGGAGAUCUUCAACAAGCAGGCCUUAAAAUACCAGAACAUCAGCGGCAUCGGAAACGUGAACGUCAACAGACACAGUUUCGUGGUGACCGCGUCGGACCGGGGCGCGCCGGCCCUGCUCAGUGAGACCACCGUCACCAUCCGCAUCGUGGACAGCAACGACAACGCACCGCGCUUCCCCCAAGACCGUUACUUCACCCCGGUCACCAAAACCGCGCGUGUGGGCGCCAGGCUGAUCCAAGUCACCGCGGUGGAUGACAAGGACUUUGGGCUGAACUCCCAGGUGGAGUAUUUCAUGUCUGACCACAGUAGGUUGGGGAGGUUUACGAUGGACAGAGACACAGGGUGGAUUUCUGUUGCGUCCUCGCUGAUUUCCGACUUGAACCAGGACUUUCUGAUCACAGUCACCGCGAAGGAUAAAGGAAACCCUCCUCUUUCUUCCCAAGCUACGGUGCAAAUAACUGUCACUGAAGAAAACUACCACACACCUGAAUUCUCCCAGAGCCACGUGACGGUCACCGUUCCUGAGAGCUACGGCGUCGGGGGCGUCAUCAGGACGCUGUCGGCCAGGGACGGGGAUGCGGCCAUGAACGGCGCCAUCCAGUACGGCAUCUCCUCCGGGAACGAAGAAGGCACUUUUGCCAUCAACUCAUCCACAGGGGUGCUGACCUUAGCCAAAGUCCUCGAUUACGAGCUGUGCCGGAAACAUGAGCUGACCGUCAGCGCUGCGGACGGAGGCUGGGUUGUCAGAACGGGCUUCUGCCGUGUGACCGUCCACGUGGCAGACGUGAACGACAAUUCUCCGGCUUUUGUUCCCGAGGAGUAUUUCCUUACUGUUCUGGAAAAUGCCCCGAGUGGGACGACAGUGGUCCACCUGAACGCCACGGACGCAGACUCUGGGAUGAACGCAGUGGUGGCGUACAGUGUGCAGGCCUCGGACAGUGACCUCUUCAUCAUCGACCCCAACACCGGCAUCCUCACCACCCAGGGCUUCCUGGACUUCGAGACCAAGCAGAGUUACCACCUCACCGUGAAGGCCUUCAACGUGCCGGAUGAGGACCGGUGCGGCUUCGCCUCCAUCACCAUCCAGCUGGAGGGCACCAACGAGUACGUGCCGCGCUUCGUCUCCAAACACUACUACUUUGAAGUCUCCGAGGCGGCGCCCCGGGGCACCGUGGUGGGGGAGGUCUUUGCCAGUGACCGGGACCUGGGCUCCGACGGCGAGGUCCAUUAUUUAAUUUUUGGCAGCAGUCGAAAGAAAGGUUUGCAGAUCAGUAAGAAGACGGGACAGAUCUACGUGUCUGGGCUUCUGGAUAGAGAGAAAGAAGAAAGGGUGUCUUUGAAGGUGCUGGCCAAGAACGCGGGCAGCAUCCGGGGUGCGGACGUGGACGAGGUGACGGUGAACGUCACGGUGCUGGACGCCAAUGACCCACCCGUGUUCAGCCUGGACGUGUACCGGGUGCAGGUGAGUGAGGGUGUCCCGGUGGGUACGCAUGUCACCUUUGUCAGCGCCUUCGACGCUGACUCCACGCCCAGCUGGAGCCGCUUCUCCUAUGUCCUGGGGCCAGGGAACGAGCAGGGCGCCUUCUCCGUGAACCCCCAGACGGGGCAGAUCACGGUGACGGCCGAGCUGGACCGCGAAGCCCGCCCCGUGUACAACCUCACGGUCCUGGCCGUGGACUCGGGGACACCGCCGGCCACGGGCAGUGCUGCCCUGCUGGUCACCCUGGAGGACAUCAAUGAUAACGGGCCGCUGCUGGCCAUCAGCGAGGGGGAGGUGACAGAAAACCAGCGGCCGGGCACCCUGGUGCUCACCCUCCGCUCCACUGACCCCGACCUCCCGCCCAACCAGGGCCCUUUCACCUACCACCUCCUGAGCACGGGCCCCGCCACCAACUACUUCAGCCUGAGCUCAGUUGGGGUCCUGAGUACCACUAGGGAGAUCGACCGAGAGCAGAUUGCCACCUUCCGCCUGUCGGUGGUCACCCGGGACUCGGGCAUCCCACAGAUGUCCUCCACAGGGACAGUGCGCAUCACCGUCCGGGACCAGAACGACAACCCCUCCCAGCCCCGUGCCCUGGACAUCUUCGUCCACUACUUCGGGAAGGUGUUUCCGGGCGGGAUCCUGGGCUCUGUGAAGCCGCAGGACCCCGACGUCCUGGACAGCUUCCGCUGCACGCUGACCUCGGGGCUCACGGGCCUCUUCAGCAUCCCCGCAGGUGCCUGCGAGCUGAGCGCCCAGCCGCGCUCCUCCGACGGGGCCUUCGACCUGACGGUGCUCAGCAGUGACGGCCUGCACAGCGCGGUGACCAGCAGUGUCCGUGUGCUCUUCUCCGGCUUCUCUAACGCCACGGUGGACAACAGCAUCUUGCUCCGCGUGGCCGUGCCCACCGUCAGGGAUUUCCUGACGAACCAUUACGUGCCUUUCCUGCGCACCGCCGGCUCGCAGCUGACAGGCCUGGGUACCGCUGUCCAGCUCUAUGGGGCCUACGAAGAAAACAACAGGACGUUUCUCCUGGCAGCGGUGAAGAGAAACAGUAACCAGUAUGUCAGUGCCAGCGGCGUGGCCACCUUCUUUGAGAGCAUCCAGGAGGUGCUCCUGCGGCAGAGCGGGGUGAGGAUCGAGUCUGUGGAUCAUGACGCCUGCGCCCAGGGGCCCUGCCAGAACGGGGGCAGCUGCAUCCGGAGACUGGCCGUGAGCCCUGACCUGCAGAGCCGGGAGAGCCUGCCUGUCAUCCUCGUGGCGAACGAGCCCCUCCAGCCGUUCUUCUGCAGGUGUCUGCCGGGGUACGCCGGCAACUGGUGCGAGACCGACAUCGACGAGUGCCUGCCGGCCCCGUGCCACAAUGGUGGAACCUGUCACAACUUGGUGGGGGGCUUUUCCUGCAGCUGUCCGGAGGGCUUCACCGGGAGGGCCUGUGAGAGAGAUAUCAAUGAAUGUCUGCCCAGCCCUUGCAAAAACGGGGCCAUCUGCCAGAACUUUCCAGGAGGCUUCAACUGUGUUUGCAAAACUGGAUAUACAGGGAAAAUGUGUGAAUCAUCAGUCAAUUACUGUGAAUGCAACCCAUGCUUCAAUGGUGGCUCUUGCCAAAGUGGCAUGGAUACAUACUACUGCCAUUGUCCAUUUGGUGUCUUUGGCAAACACUGUGAGCUGAACAGCUAUGGCUUUGAGGAGUUGUCAUACAUGGAAUUUCCAAGCUUGGAUCCCAAUAACAACUAUAUUUAUGUCAAAUUUGCAACCAUCAAAAGUCAUGCAUUAUUGCUGUACAACUAUGACAACCAGACUGGUGAGAGGGCUGAGUUUUUGGCCCUUGAAAUUGCUGAGGAAAGACUACGGUUCUCUUAUAACUUAGGCAGUGGUACAUACAAGCUCACCACCAUGAAGAAAGUGUCAGAUGGACAUUUUCACACUGUGAUUGCCCGGAGAGCAGGAAUGGCAGCCUCCCUAACUGUAGACUCCUGCUCUGAGAACCAGGAACCAGGGUACUGCACCGUCAGCAAUGUGGCUGUCUCAGAUGACUGGACCCUGGAUGUGCAGCCGAACCGCGUGACCGUGGGUGGCCUCCGAUCCCUGGAGCCCAUCCUGCAGAGGCCCGGGCAUGUGGAAAGCCAUGAUUUUGUGGGUUGCAUCAUGGAGUUUGCAGUCAAUGGGAGGCCUCUGGAGCCCAGCCAGGCCUUGGCAGUCCACGGCCUCCUAGACCAAUGCCCCAGACUGGAAGGAGCCUGUACACGCACCCCUUGCCAGCAUGGUGGCACCUGCGUGGACCACUGGUCCUGGCAGCAGUGUCGCUGCAGAGAGGGCCUGGCUGGGAAAUACUGUGAGAAAUCUAUUACUCCAGACACAGCCUUGUCUUUAGAAGGCAAAGGACGUCUGGAUUACCACAUGAGCCAGAAUGAGAAGAGGGAGCAUCUGCUGAGGCAGAGCCUGCGAGGGGCCCCAGUGGAACCUUAUGGUGUGAACAGUCUGGAAGUCAAAUUCAGGACAAGAAGUGAGAAUGGAAUUUUAAUCCACAUCCAAGAAAGCAGCAACUACACAACAGUGAAGAUCAAGAAUGGGAAAGUACAUUUCACUUCUGAUGCAGGGAUUGCUGGGAAAGUGGAGAGAAAUAUUCCUGAAGUUUAUGUUGCGGAUGGACAUUGGCAUACUUUCUUAAUUGGGAAGAAUGGAAGUGCCACGGUAUUGUCCAUUGACAGAAUGUAUAGCAGAGAUAUCCUUCACCCCACUCAGGAUUUUGGUGGUCUUGAUGUGCUCACCAUUUCUCUUGGUGGAAUUCCACCCAACCAAGCUCACAGAGAUGCCCAAACAGCAGGGCUCAGCGGCUGCAUUGCUUGGGUGUUAUAUGGAGGUGAAAGUCUCCCUUUCAGCGGGAAGCACAGCUUGGCCUCCAUCUCGAAAACAGAUCCCUCGGUGAAGAUCGGCUGUCGCGGGCCCAACAUCUGUGCCAGCAACCCCUGCUGGGGCGACCUGCUGUGCCUGAACCAGUGGUAUGCAUACAAGUGCGUUCCUCCUGGGGACUGCGCCUCCCACCCAUGCCAGAACGGGGGCAGCUGCGAGCCUGGCCUCGUCUCGGAUUUCACCUGCAGCUGCCCUGAGUCGCACACGGGGCGGACCUGUGAGACCGUGGUGGCCUGCCUGGGCAUCCUGUGCCCCCAGGGCAAAGUGUGCAAGGCUGGGAGUCACGGAGGGCACGUGUGCGUGUUGAGCCCCAGCCCGGAGGAGAUCUCGCUCCCCCUGUGGGCCGUGCCCGCCAUCGUGGGCAGCUGCGCCACCGUCCUCGCCUUCCUGGUCCUCAGCCUCAUAGUGUGCAAUCAGUGCCGAGGGAAGAAAGGCAAGAGUCCAAAGCAGGACAAGAAGCCGAAGGAGAAGAAGAAGAAGAAAAAGAAGAAGAAAGGCAGCGAGAACGUCGCUUUCGAUGACCCAGACAACAUCCCUUCCUACGCGGAUGACCUGACAGUGAGAAAGCAGCCCGAGGGGAACCCCAAGCCGGACAUCAUCGAGCGGGAGAACCCCUAUCUCAUCUACGACGAGACGGGGCUCCCCCACGGUGCGGAGACUGUGCCCAGCGCGCCCCUGGCCUCCCCGGAGCAGGAGAUCGAGCACUAUGACAUCGACAAUGCCAGCAGCAUCGCGCCCUCGGACGCCGACAUCAUCCAGCACUACAAGCAGUUCCGCAGCCACACGCCCAAGUUCUCCAUCCAGAGGCACAGCCCGCUGGGCUUCGCCCGGCAGUCCCCCAUGCCCCUGGGCGCCAGCAGCCUCACCUACCAGCCCUCCUACGGGCCCGGGCUGAGAAGCGGCUCGCUCAGCCACUCGGCUUGUCCCACCCCCAACCCUCUGUCUCGACACAGCCCAGCGCCUUUCUCCAAAUCAUCUACUUUCUACAGUAACAGCCCAGCCAGGGAGCUCCAUCUUCCUCUGAGAGAUGGAAACACCUUGGAAAUGCACGACACCUGCCAACCUGGCCUUUUCAACUAUGCCACGAGGCUGGGGAGGAGGAGCAAGAGUCCGCAGGCCAUGGUGGCUCACGGCUCCAGACCCGGGAGUCGCCUCAAGCAGCCGAUUGGGCAGAUUCCGCUGGACUCCUCCCCGCCGGUGGGACUCUCCAUCGAAGAGGUGGAGAGGCUGAACACCCCGCGCCCGCGGAACCCCAGCAUCUGCAGUGCCGACCACGGGAGGUCCUCGUCAGAGGAGGACUGCCGACGCCCGCUGUCCAGAACCCGGAACCCGGCCGACGGUAUUCCGGCUCCGGAGUCUUCCUCCGACAGCGACUCGCACGAGUCCUUCACCUGCUCAGAGAUGGAGUACGACCGCGAGAAGCCGAUGGCCUACAUGUCCAGGGUGCCCAAGCUCUCCCAGGUCAACGAGUCGGACGCCGAUGACGAGGACAACUACGGCGCCAGGCUGAAGCCUCGGCGGUUCCACGGGCGCCGGGCGGAGGGCGGCCCCGCGGGGCCCCAGGCGGCAGCCGCGGGCGACGGCACGCUGAGGCCGGGCCAGCCGGCGGGCGGCUUCAGCUGGGACAGCCUCCUGAGCUGGGGGCCCGGUUUCGGCCACUAUGCUGAUGUCUUCAUCGACUUGGCGUCUCUCCCAGAAAAGGCGGCUGGCAAAGAAGAAGCCGGGGCCGCGAAGCCCGGCCCCGCGGAGGGCGAGGCCGAGCAGCGCGCGUGA